AUGCUGCUGAGGAUCUUGCUGUUGAUCUGUGCUCCACUCUGUGAACCAACUGAGCUGUUCCUGAUAGUCAGUCCCUCUCAGCCCAUAGAGGGGAAUUCAAUGACCCUGGCCUGUAAGACCCAGCCCCCUCCACAGAAGUUAGAUGUUCAGCUGCAGUUCCGCUUCUACAAAGAUGGCAGGCCCCUAGGGAUGGACAGGGACAGCAUCCCAGAGCUCUGGAUUCCUGCUGUGCGGAGGGAAGACUCAGGGUCCUACUGGUGUCAAGCAAAGACAACACCACUCAGAUACAAAAGGAGCCGCAGAGUCCAGAUCCAAGUACACGGAGUCCCCAUCAGUAAUGUGAGCUUGGAGAUACAACCUCCAGGUGGAUACCUGAUGGAGGGAGAAAAGCUGGUUCUUGUCUGCUUGGUCACUGGGGGCACAGGAGAUAUCACCUUCUUCUGGUACAAAGGGGCCCUGGGUUUAAACCUGGAAACGAAGACCCAGCGUUCACUGACGGCGACGUUUGAGAUACCUGUGGUGAGGGAGAGUGACUCUGAGCGAUAUUACUGUGCGGCUGACAAUGGCUAUGGCCCCAGGCUCAGUGAGCUGGUGAGCAUCACUGUCAGAAUUCCAGUGUCUCACCCUGUCCUCACCCUCAGGGCUCCUGGGGCCCAGGCUGUGGUGGGGGACGUGAUGGAGCUUCACUGUGAGGUCUGGAGAGGCUCUCCCCCGAUCCUGUACCAGUUUUAUCAUGAGGAUGUCGCCCUGGGGAGCAGCUCAGCUCCCUCUGGAGGAGGAGUGUCUUUCAACCUCUCUCUGACUGCAGAACAUUCUGGAAACUACUACUGUGAGGCCAACAAUGGCCUGGUGGCCCAGCGCAGUGAGGUGGUACCACUCAAUAUCAUAGUGCCUGUGGAGGACAGAAAAGAAGUUCUUACUUCAGGAGUCAUGGAGGUGCUGCUUGGCAUCUCUGGUCCCACCACUAUGGCCCUAUUAUUUUGCUGCUGGCUCAAGAGAAAAAUAGGAAGUCGUUCAGCCAGGGAUCCACUCAGGAGCCUUCCCAGCCCUGUAUCCCAAGAAUCCACCUACCUCAACUCACAAGCCCCAGAGCAACUACACCCUGACUAUGAAAAUGUGAAUGUUGUAAGUGGGGAUGAGGUUUAUUCUUUGGUGUACUGUGUGCAGCAGGAACAGCAACCAGCAGCAGAUCUGGAGAUCCCAGCUGUGAAGGAGCACAGUGCUGGCCGGUAUCACUAUAGAGCUGACAAUGGCCACAAUCCCAUCCAGAACAAGGUGGUGAAUAUCUCUGUGAGAAUUCCAACAUCUUGUCCUGUCCUCACCCUCAGGGGUCCCAGGACCCAGGCUGUCAUGGGGGACAUGGUAGAGCUUUGCUGUGAGCUUGGAGCUGCCCCUACAUCCCCGCCCCCGCCCCCAAUCCUGUACCGGUUUUAUCAUGAGGACAUCAACCUGGGUAGCAGCUCAGUGCGCUCUGGAGAAGGAGCAUCCUUCAACCUCUCUCUAACUGCAGGGCAUUCUGGAAGCUAUUCCUGUGAGGCUGACAAUGGCCUGGGGGCCCAGUUCUGUGAACUGGUGCCACUCUCCAUCUCAGUUCCAGUGUCUCACCCUGUCCUCACCCUCAGGGCUCCCGGGACCCAGACUGUGGUGGGGGACAUGAUGGAGCUUCACUGUGAGGCCUGGAGAGGCUCUCCCCCGAUCCUGUACCGAUUUUAUCAUGAGGAUGUCAGCCUCGGGAGCAGCUCAGUUCCCUCUGGAAGAGCGUUCUUCAAAUUCUCUCUGACUGCAGAACAUUCUGGAAACUACUCCUGUGAGGCUGACAAUGGCCUGGGGGUCCAGCUCAGUGACAGAGUGACUCUCAAUGUCACAGUUCCAGUGUCUCAUCCUGUCUUCACCUUCCACCCUGAUGGGGCCCAGGCUAUGGUGGGAGAUGUGUUAGAACUUCGCUGUGAGGCCCAAAGAGGCUCUCCACCGAUCCUGUACUGGUUUUAUCACAAGAAUGUCACCCUGGGGAGCAUCUCGGCCCCCUUUGGAGGAGGAGCAUCCUUCAACCUCACUUUGAUGGCAGAGCAUUCUGGGAACUACUUUUGUGGGGCUGACAAUGGCCUGGGGGUCCAGCACAGUGAGAUGGUGACACUCAGCAUCACAGGUCCUGUGUGUCGCCCUGUCCUCACGCUCAGGGCUCCCGGAGCCCAGGCUGUGGUGGGGAACGUGAUGGAGCUUCUCUGUGAGGCCUAGAGAGGCUCCCCGAUCCUGUACUGGUUUUAUCAUGAGGAUGUCAGCCUGGGGACCAGCUCGGCCCCAUUUGGAGGAGGACCAUCCUUCAUUCUCUCUCUGACCACAGAACAUGCUGGAAACUACUGUGAGGCUGACAAUGGCCUGGGGACCCAGCGCAGUGAGGCACUGCUAUUCAAUGUCAUUUGUGUGUUGCUUGAGCUUGGGUUACACGCUUCCCUUCCAGAGGAAAGACUCUAA